AUGACGGGCUACAGAUCUGGCGCUGCCAUUGCUGAGUUCUGGGCCCAUUGCGAAGCCCUCGAAGCGUGGAAGGACCACCCGUGCCUGACAAACUCGGGCAUUCCAAGAGACCGAUUGUUGCCGUCACUCGGCGCCGAGUUCUACAACAAGACAGAGUUUCUCAUUGCCCAAGUGGUUGGGUGGUCACUUCGCCAGGCGGCGAGGGGUGAGGCGCCCGCUACUGGUUGUUUUGGGGAAACGCUUGAAGGAGAUCGCGCCAAAAUGGCUGGGUCUGAGCUAGCGCUGGGGUGGAGAGCAUGUUACUUUGGAUCAAAGUACGAUGCCAAGGCAAGAAAGGAGAUCAACCAAUUUCCUCGGUCGUAUUUGCACAGUCUGAUUUGUGAAACCUGUUUAGCCCAAAAGAAGCACAAGAAUUGGAUUCCAGAGCUCACCUACAAAAACUUCUAUGCUUCUGCUGGUCAUCGGCUGACGAAAAUCAGUCUUA